CACCCGCAGCUGCCGCCCUUGCUUCCGGCCACUAGACAGGAAGCGUGUGGAGAGAAGUAUCAAAACAAGGCAUCUUCACUGACAUUACUACUUCAUUCCACGUUUUUCUGUUGCCGUCGGGUCCUGUCUUAACCAUGGACGGCGUGUCGCCUGUUCUGAGGUCUUUUAGUGAACAACUGACCGCAGAAACGUUUAUCGAUGACGGGGUGGAGACAGUCACUUCAGUGGAGCAAAAAAAGGUGGAGUCCAGCAUUAAAGAAGUUAUCAGUGUUUACAAACAAAUUCAUAGCUUACCUGAACCAACGUUGUUGCGGGAUCAGCACUAUCAAUACCUCAAAAAGGGCUUACGUCACCUAUCGGACGCCUACGAGUGUCUGGAUGCCAGCAGACCGUGGCUUUGCUUCUGGAUUCUUCACAGUCUGGAGUUGCUGGAGGAGCCUGUUCCUGCGACGGUCGCCUCAGACGUUUGUCAGUUCCUGGCUCGCUGUCAGAGCCCGACGGGCGGCUUCGCCGGCGGCCCGGGUCAGUACGCUCACCUGGCGCCGACCUACGCCGCGGUCAACGCUCUGUGCAUCAUCGGCACAGAGGAGGCCUACAGUGUUAUAGACAGAGAGAAGCUGCUGGACUUCCUCUGGUCGCUGAAGCAGCCGGAUGGCUCGUUUAUGAUGCACGUUGGAGGGGAAGUGGAUGUCAGAAGUGCCUACUGUGCGGCGUCUGUGGCAUCACUUACAAACAUCCUAACCCCCAAACUGUUUGAAGAUACCACCAACUGGAUCCUCAGGUGUCAGAACUGGGAAGGUGGUCUCAGUGGAGUUCCGGGCCUGGAGGCCCACGGCGGUUACACCUUCUGCGGCACCGCUGCACUCGUCAUCCUGGGAAACGAACACAUGCUGGAUCUGAAAGCCCUACUGAGGUGGGUGGUCAGCAGGCAAAUGCGCUUCGAAGGAGGGUUUCAGGGCCGCUGUAAUAAGCUGGUGGACGGCUGUUACUCUUUCUGGCAAGCUGGAGUCUUGCCUCUGCUCCACAGAGCCUUAUUCAAAGAGGGAGAGUCUGAAUUGAGUCGGAACCAGUGGAUGUUUGAGCAGAAGGCCUUGCAGGAGUACAUCCUCCUGUGCUGUCAGAACCCCACAGGGGGUCUGCUGGAUAAGCCCGGAAAGUCCAGAGACUUUUACCACACCUGCUACUGCCUGAGCGGCCUCGCCGUAGCACAGCACUUCGGAAACCUGGACCAUCAUCAGGAGAUCAUCCUGGGCAAGGAGGAGAACCGACUGGCGCCGACUCAUCCGGUCUACAACAUUUGUCCGGAGAAGGUCGCCGGGGCUUUGGAACACUUCCUCAAGCUGCCUAUUCCAGAUGACAGCAGACACGUGGGGGGGUUCACCGGCAUCAAGCCGCCCGCCGCCGCCGCCGCCCCCCCCCUCCCAUGAGCCUCAGUCGUAGUUCGACCUCAGCAGAAGCCUCACUGUGAUGGAAAAUCAGCUGCUCAUGAGUGUCGGGCUCACCCAGAGAGCGGCGAUGUGGGCUACAGUGAGCUAAAGUGAGCUGCCAUGAGGACCAGCAGCAGAGCAGAGCAGCCACAGACCUUUACAGGAGGAGUUAGUGCGUUAAAAACGGCAAUAGUUAAACCUUUUGGCUGAACUCUUGCUUUCAACAGUUUCAGCUGCUCUAAGUGUUUCUUUAUUAGCAAUGGAAGAAAUAAACCUUUGUACUUUGCAGCAACUUUCUGAGCUCGUCUUCUGUUUUUAUGCAUUAAAACUACAUUUAGCAAACG